AUGGAUUUGCCAUCUCCUGCACCGUCGGCGCCGCCAGAACCACCGACGCCACCCUCGCCUUUUCGUCAGCGGCCGCCAGACUACGGCCAAUCGGCAAGCGAAUACUUCGCCGAUGGCACCGAUCCGUACAUGGAGUUAUAUGAACUGAGGAAGGCACGCAACGACCCGGAGGAAGAACCGGCCCCGAUCAGUUCUGGUGGCAGGGGCGGCUUUUCGGCCAAUCCUUCAUCCUCUCCAGCCCCUUGGUCCACCGGCCUUUGCAACUGUUGCGACGACUUCAGCAGUUCGUGCGGGGUGAGCAGCGCACUGUACGCGCUGAUGAUGUGCGUGACGGGUUGUCCGUGCAUGUAUUCGUGCUUCUACCGAUCGAAGUUGAGAGGGCAAUACUUCCUGCAAGAGAGGCCGUGCACCGAUUGCUGCGUCCACUGUUGCUGCGAGGAAUGUGCCCUUUGCCAAGAAUACAGACAGCUCAAGAGCCUUGGCUUUGAUCCUUCCAUAGGUUGGCACGGUAACAUGGAAAGGCAGAGACGGCUCGCGAUGCCUCCCGGCAUGGAGAAGGGCAUGAAGCGGUAG